AUGGAUACUACAAACUCGCAAAGAGGUUCUCGAAGCGACCUCAUGGUUUCUGAGCAGAAAGAUGAACAAUUCGUGACUCAUGACGAAAAUAGGGAAGGCAUGAAAGAUGAUAAAAUGAAGUGCCUUGAGCGUGAAAAUCAUUCAUUACACCUGAACGUCUUAACAAUGCACGAGGAGCGCUCCGAGCUACUCCAUCAUGACACACACACCUCCGUUAGUAAGGAUCUUGAAGCGACCUUGAGGUCACAGGUUGCUUCUUUGCAGAAUAUGCUUGAGCAAGAAAGGCGGCGGCAUGCGGCGAGGGAAAGUGAACUAAGGAGCGAGAUCGAGCGGCUGCGUCUUGCCUUAGGUGAGCAGUUAGCGAGAGUAGACUCGUUAACCCCUCAGAUGAUAGCGUCCUCGUCACAGAUCCGGGCCGAUGUUCAAAGCACCUUGGUUGUACCCGUACUCACCAAAACAUCAACUGAUGCCGUGCUUGACGGGGCCUUGGCUAAUCCUAUUGAAUCGAAGUCAAUUCGCUCAUCGUCGUCGAGCUUGAAGACUUUUCAAACAUCAGGCGAUGCGGCGAUUUCUAAUCCUAGAAUUGCGCUUGAGCUUCCUCAAAAGGUGUCCGUCGAUGAUGAUGCUGAUACGUUAACCCUCGAGGAAGUGUCGGAUGUGGAAAAGAGCGCGAAAGCCGUCAAGGGGGAUUCCUUCGACUCCCAAGACCCGCGUCUGUCCUCUAAUGGUAGUGUCGAACAGCCUGCCCAAGGUGGAAGCCAAAAUGCUUAUGCUUCAAAUCAGUUUGUAGCCCCUUCGUCCGGUUUUGGCGAUGCAUAUAGGGUAAUGUGCUGGACAGCCAGCCGUCGCGAUGAACGGCGAAGGCGCCUAAGGCAGAUCGCUGAUACAGAAAGCUGCUCCAACUCUCACGAGAAAACUAGUACAUUGUCGCCGUAUCCAUUGCAUUUUGUAUCCAGUGCACCAAGUGGCGCCGACGAGGGCGAAGGGGCCGAUGGCAUACCUCGUCGUUUCACUUUACAAGACAGCAACAUUAGUUCUGGCGUGCCCCUCUCGCCGUACGGUCCUGCCCCUCUCAUGUCCACCAUCAAGCCGCCACCACACUCUCAUAAUGCCAUGGAUCAAAACGCCAAGCUAUCCGUGCAGCAGAACAACCCCAAUCAAAUUGGGGUCGAAAUUCUGGAUGAAAAAGAUCGCACCUGGUACACCAAAGAGGUAUUGUGUAUGGCGCUCCUCAGCGCGAUUCCCCCUAAAAGGGAGAUUAGCAGCCUCGUAGACGUUGCCACGCCUACAGCGACGUCGGCAUCGGUGGAGGUGGGCAGCAUUCAUAGCCCCAAUUCAUAUCCUAAUGAGGUUGUCGAGCAGCACGAUAGGGACGUGCGGCCUGGCUUGGACUUAUGCAAUGAUAAAGACCCUCUGAAAGGGUCUUUCGGAGUAGGUGCGUCAUGCUUCUCGCUGCGCUCUUAUUCCCUCUCCGAAUGCAGUUCAUCCUCUCACGAUUCAGAUACCAUCCUCUCCUUGCUUAAAUCCGCGAAGGCCGCGACAGAUGAUAGAAGCAUGACGGCAUGUCAAGUUAAAAAAUCGGUUCCUGAGGCAGUGCCUUUUGAAAACAUGCCUGCAACUACCCCCACUGCUUCCUUGGAGACUCCACUUUUGUACAAGGAUGUCAAUCCACAAGCCCUGCAACGUGCGAUAGAGGAGACGCUGUCUUUUCACUUUCACUGCGCCGGCAACACCCCUGUGAUGACCCCCGGGCUGCAGCCGCCAAAGGAGAAGAAACCGCUGCGCGCCUUUGCACAGGACAACAACACCGAUCCAAACCUUCUAGCCGCUUUCUCCCCAUUCCAUAGGGCAUUAGGUGCAAAAAAAAUACCGAAUGAUAUGGAUUUAAGCCCGCCAGAGACAGGUAGAUAUCGAGACGAUCAAGUGUGUAUCCACUACCAUGCGCCUGUUAUCUUUAACCAAAUUCGGAGCUUCUUGGGUCUGAAUACUGACGUCUUGCGCUCUGCUCUAAAGGACUCCACGUGGCGACAGAGUAUGAGUCCGGGAAAGAGCGGAACAAUGCUUUUCUUUUUUGGCGAUUUUGUUAUGAAAACGGUCCGAAAGUGUGAAUUUGCUUUCCUCUGUCAACGCUUCUUGCCGGGCUACGUACAAUACUGCGAGCGCAACCCACACACACUUCUGCCGCGUUUCUUCGCUCUGAUGACGAUAAAGUGGCUAAAGCUUGGGGUGACAAAGCGGCUUAUCCUGAUGCAGAACGUGUUUACGACUCGCUAUUAUAUCCACCGUUUAUAUGAUGUGAAGGGCAGCACGGUUGGGCGAAAUGCACUCCAACCUGGGAAGGAACCAGCCCGGACCGCCUACGGGGCGCUUCUCCUUAAGGAUAACGAUCUUCCCCCGCAACUUAUGAUUUGUGGACCGUAUCAACGCGCCAUUCUAAUCGCACAGCUUCGAUUGGAUGUAGGUUUUUUGAAGUCCCUCAACAUUGUCGACUACAGCUGCAUGAUCGGUGUUCGCAGCCGCUUCUUUCCGAGGGAAGAAGGCCCCUCCAAAACGACCAUAAUGAGUUGCAAGAACCCAACCACUUACGUGACGACGACCUCACUGAUGGAGCGCGUGGACGCAGGGGUUCAGCCCAUUAAAGUCGGUGCGACUGGUCAUCAAAGCUCGACUUUGGAGCUCCCGGUCUCAGCGCCAUCUGCCAAUCAUCGAAAUGGGCAAAGUAAUAGCAGUGAAGCUUCUCCUAUAGACAGUUGCUUGUGUGUUUGUCUCCACGGCUGCGAUGGUGGCCUGCUUUCCUUGCCGAUCUACGCCCCAGACGACGAUACAAUCAUGCGCGAGGAGGUAUAUUAUAUAGGACUGAUUGACGUCCUCCAGGAAUAUAACUCGACCAAAAAGCUGGAAAAUUUCGCUAGGGGGUUUGUAAAUGACCGCACGCAACUUAGUGUAGUGCCCCCCAAAGAGUAUGCAGAACGCUUGUGUCGUGUAAUUGAGCGGAUAACUGUGUAA